CCUGAUGAGCUUAAAAGCUGGAGGAGUCGCGCUGAAUCUCACUGUAGCAUCUCAUGUGUUCCUGAUGGACCCUUGGUGGAAUCCAGCGGUCGAGAACCAAGCACAGGACCGUAUCCACCGAAUUGGGCAGUUCAAGCCAAUCAAGAGCACUAGGUUUGUGAUAAAGGACACGGUUGAAGAGCGCAUACUGCAACUGCAACAGAAGAAGCAGCUGGUGUUUGAAGGCACCGUGGGGGACUCGUCGGAUGCCAUGUCGAAGCUUACAGAGGCGGACCUCAAGUUUCUGUUCUAGAUCUAAAUGCUGACGUAGUUAAGCAUGAGUAGGGAGGGCAGGCUAUGCUAGGACUAGGAGCACUGACUUGUUGGAAGUUGGAACCCUGACGCUGCCGCUGCCAUAUCACCAGUAUGGAUGGGGUCGGCGGUGUGUAGAUCGACUGCUGAUGUGCUUGUUAGAACUGAUGUACCAAUUCUUUUAAUCAAAAAUAGAUAAACUUGUGGCAAGCGUCAUUGCGUCAGGAAGUUGACCUCCUGAAGUUAUUUGAUAUUGUAUACUGAUAAGUGAUAAACUAGAUUAUGUAGUUUCUAUGAUUUUUAUC